AAGUGAACUGCUGGUAAGUGGAGCGGAAGACACCUGUGUGAAUUACACGCACAUAGAUUUGUAACUGCGACGAAAGCGACUCUUACUGUCCAGCAGAUAUAAACUGGGCCAUGGCUCGGUUGUUUCUUUUAGCUUUUGUGUGCCUUUCUGGCGCAGGAUUAAUUCUCGGGCAGGAAGGAUGUGUAUUCACCGAGCUGAACCAGGGCUUGAACCCGAAAUCCUGGGACGCUGGUGCGAACUAUUCAGCUCACCUGGCCGACAUUUCCAACGAGCGUGAGUGUCAAGAGGUUUGCUGUACUAGAGAAGACUGCCACUUAGCCCUGAUUGAGACUCCAGCUGAUGGCUCACCCCAAUGCUUCCUCAUCAACUGUAUGAAAGAUGGCAAAGAUGUUUGUGUUUUGGAAGCGCGCGACCACUCCAAAGCAUACCUCAAGACUCAGGUCUCAGCCCGCGCCAACAGCUCAACAGAUUAUUGCCGUCUUGAAAAACAAGUAGGUCGUUGCCGGGCAUCCUUCCCCCGAUUCUACUACGAUGCCACUGACCAAACCUGUAAAAUGUUUGUGUAUGGGGGAUGUGAAGGAAACAGCAACAACUUCAAAACAAAAGAGGAAUGUCAGAAUGCUUGUAAUGGCGUAACAGCUAAAUCUUCUGAAGCUCCCUUGGCUGAAAUGACAUCAGAAGAGUAUGCAGAGAAGUGUCUGGCUGGACCACAGGUAGGGCCAUGCAGGGCCUCAAUCCCACGCUACUACUACACAAGCGGCACAUGUAAACCGUUCAGAUAUGGUGGAUGCCGUGGAAAUAAGAACAACUAUAACUCUGAGGAGGAGUGCAUGAAAAACUGUACAGUGAAAAUUGUGGAUUCCAAGAAAACACCUGAAGAUGAGAGAUAUGCGGCCUGCAUUGCGCCGGCUGACUCUGGGCCAUGCCGUGCCGCUUUCCAGAUGUUCUACUUUGAGCCGAGUACUCAGUCUUGCCAGGAGUUCAUCUAUGGAGGCUGCAAAGGCAACAAGAACCGUUACAGCACCCUGGAGGAAUGCAUGUCCAAUUGCGCUGGGAAAGAUGGGGUAUUUGAGGAGCAUGGACACCACAGGGCUCGCUGGACUCCAGCCUUUUUCCUGGUCGCCACUCUGGCCAUCAUGUCAGUCGUGCUGCUUGUUGGGUUGUUCCUGAUCUCAGUGCGUCGUGUGAAGCAUCAGCGCCUCCUGCUGCUGGAUGACAAGCAAGAGCUACUACCUGAGGAGCACAUUCCUGAGGAGGACGUCCGCAAUGACUCCCACUAAAUCCUUUUCCUUCUCUCUUUCCCCUCUCUGCUACUGAGCACCUAUAUAUCUACACUCCGAUAUCUGCACUACACACAGCCUGUCGCACACAUCUGGGGUUUGGGAAAGCUUUGAGAAGGUAGGGCAUUAGUACAAAGGCAGAAUAUUGGACCCAGUGGUUAUAAGUAUUUGGCAAAAAUGUACUGUAUAGGUGAAACUACACUGACAUACCAGCUUUAAUCAGAUUCAUUAUGUAUCAUGCAAGUGAGAUGAGCGAUUGUGAUUGUAGAUGAUGAUUAGUAGUUCUUUAAAACACUGAAACUUUGAGUGAGAAACUUAGUCUUCAACUGUUUUUUUAGUGAUGGAGAAAAAUGUGGUAACAUUCCUUUCUCUUUGUUUUAUUUUUUAUAGUAUAAAACAAAAAUCAGCAAAUGAGCAAAUAAAUUUAAUUUCAUUUGCUCAUUAGAAUAUAGUUUCUUCAAAAUAGUUACCUUGGCAUACUUUGGAAAAUGGACAGAUUUUUAGAAGGUUCAUUAAUGCAUUCCCUCAUUCCUGUCUCGAUGUGUGUACACUAAAAUACGAAUGGAUUUUCUAUUUUUCCUUUUUAAUUUAUUCUACCUGUUGAUAGAACAAUCAUUUUGGGUGAUUACAUAUAUGUGAUAUAUCCUUCUGCAUAAAUAUUCUUAGAAUAAGUGGCUUUUUUCAUUUUUCUUUUAAAUAAAGUGAAACUUAUUUAAACAGAAUUAACAGCCAAUGUUGUACAAUGUGAAAGAUAAUGUGGACAAAGUAGUGUGAUUAUAUAGGACAACUCUUUUAGUUGAUGGUACACUCCACUUAUUUCAGAUUUUCUACUGAAGAUAAAACAGCACAAAAAGAUUAAAGAUUUUAAGAGUUAAAGAUUAAAAUAUAUUAGAAGAUUAAUUAUCUGACUAGUAUGAAACAUAAUAGUGGAUUCUUAGCAUAUAUAUGUGAUGUUUCUCACGCAAAGUGAGAUGGAUAACUACAAUGGUUGAACUACUGAAUGUGUCAAGCACACAGAAUCUCCUUUGAACUGGAAAUGGAGACAUUACUUUGAAGUUAGCAAUCUAUAAUAAUAAAGAAAACACUUGACUUAA